AUGCGACCAAGCCCUAGUGAUGAGGAACUCGACCGAGAUGAUGCCCAGCUCGGCGCGUCCGGGUACAAGCGGGAGAUGCCCAGGCAAUUCUCCCUCGUCUCUCUUCUCGCCCUCUCCUAUGCCUUGAUCUGCACUUGGAAUGGCUUUGCGAGCGCAAUUGGAGGCGGCCUGAGCCAAGGGUCGUCUUCUGGCACCAUCUUCAUGCUCCUCCCGGCGGCCACCAUGAUCCUUGUCGUGUCCUUAGGCAUGGCAGAGCUGACAUCUGCCUUUCCAGUUGCUGGAGGUCAAUAUUACUGGGCCUUUAUUCUUUCUCCGCCAGCUUAUGCGCCGCUAAUCUCCUACACCACUGCUGCUGUUACUGUGAUUGGCGCAUGGCUUGGUGCAGCUAGCACAUCCAACUUCAUCUCGGGAAUGAUACUUUCUAUUGUCCAGUUCGUCUAUCCCGAAUAUGUCGUCUAUUCAUGGCACAAGUACCUCCUCUACGUGGCCGUCAUUGUUGCAGCCUCUCUCCUCAAUAUCUUUGGGUCUCAGAUUCUGCCCGCAUUCAAUAGAUGCAUUUUUGCAUUCUGCUUGGCAACGUAUGUGGUGACCAUUAUCACAAUGCUCGUCUGCUCGUAUCCCAAUUACAAUUCCGCUAAAUGGGUGUUCACGGAUACCACCAUCUCAACUGGGUGGACGAGUCACCCGUAUGCCUGGACGCUCUGCUUCGUCAAUAGUCUUUACGGGUUUCUGGGCACCGACUCUGGGGCUCAUAUGACGGAAGAGAUUCCGAAUCCCUCGAUCAAUGGCCCAAAAGUGAUUAUAUAUCCCGUCCUAAUUGGACUCAUCACAGUGAUACCUUUCGCAUGCACCUGCAUGUUCGUCAUCAAGGAUAUGGAUGCCAUUUUGAAUGCGCCCAGUGGACUGCCGUUGAUUCAGCUCUAUCACCAAGCUACUGGUAGCCGAACCAUCACUUUCAUUUUAAUGCUUGCUUUCACAGUCUGCUUUUUCGCCUGUGCCGUAGCGAUUAUUACAGGAUCUUCUCGGACACUCUGGUCGGCAGCCCGCGACAACUGUUUCCCGCGCUCCGAUCUGUGGAAGCAGAUAAGCCCCAGGUUUGAAAUGCCAAUGAAUGCGGUGCUCUUGCAAGCCUGCUUUUCUAUUCUCUAUGGGCUCGUAUUUGUUCAGUCCGAAAGCGCCUUCGCCUUGAUGGUUAGUGCCUCCAUCAUCUUCUUGGUAUCCUCCUAUGUCAUACCGCAGGUGAUCCUUCUUUGGGUCGAUAGAAACGAAAGCCUUCCAAAAAGGUCUUUUGAUCUGGGUCGGUUUGGAUAUGCUAUCAAUCUUUUUUCGACCUUGUCGACUUUGCUUCUUAUUAUUGCUUGCUGCUUGCCGACGGCCUUUCCAAUAACAUAUACCAAUAUGAAUUACAACAGCAUCGUGGCUGCUUGUUUACUGCUUUUAAUCUGGUCGGGGUGGAUGUUUUCGCGCAGGGACCUCUUUAAGGGCCCUGCUAUCGACAGGAGUCUGCUGGCAAAAGCGAGGCGAAUUGGAAAUCAUGACACGAGAUCUGUUGAUGAACACACGCCUCUUAUGCAAUAA